UUUCCGGAAUAACGUUUCUUUCCUCGGCCUAUCUCCAGGGGAAUAGCUAAUUGUCGUCUAAAUACAACCGUCGGUGGAAGACAAUAGAGAGUUAUUUAGUCGGAGGGAAAAUAUCCUGAGAAAAUUGUCAUGCUGACACAAGAGAGGGAUGGGGUGAAGGGGUUUUUGCCUGGAAGUUGGUGGGUCUUCGUUGCCACUGGGCUCUGGCGACCUCGCAGCUGGAAAUCACCUUUCCUGGUGUACCUUUACAAGGUCUUCUCCAUAUUUACUAUUUUCCUCGUUUAUACCUUCACUACUACGUCUAUCCUCGGAAUUAUCGCUAAUCAUGGCGGCAUUGCUGCUGUCAUGAGUGACUUCUUACUUCUCUCUUUCAUCGCUUGCUGUGGAAAAUCUGUCAAUAUGAUUGUCUGUCGAGAGACCAUCAUCGAUGUCAUUGAUACCCUGCAGACUGAUCCCUGCAUGCCAAGGGAUCCCACGGAAGAGGAUAUGCAGUACAAAAGGGAUCAUUUCGUCUGGAUCAAUACUCUGAUCUACGGAAUCUUAACAGAAGUAACCGCAAUGAUGGUGAGUGUAGGAUCAUUGCUUCAACAUCCAGAGGAAGGAGAACUACCUUUUAACACUUGGCUACCCUAUUACCACGAUUCAGGCUUCGGUUAUCGAUUUGCUUACGGCCAGCAGAUAAUUAGCAUCUGGUUCUCAGCAUCGAUGGCAGUGGCAUACGACACUGCAGUACCAGGAAUGAUGAUGGAGAUCUGCGCCAAGUUAGACAUCCUCAAAUACCGCUUUCUCAAUUUUAAAUCUCUCCUAGAGACGUCUGAUAAUUUAAGCGCAUACGCCAGCGAAAGAAAAUUAGUUAGCGAAUGCGUUGAAUGUCAUCUCAUUAUCCUCAGACUCGCUGAAACAAUAAACGACGUGUUCAAUGCUGUUGUUUUUCUUCAAUACUCACUCAGUACUUUAUUGAUAUGCGUCAGUAUUUACAAUCUCGCUAAUACGAAUAUAAUGUCGUCGGAGGGAUCUGGUAUUAUACUUUACCUCGGUUGCAUGCUUAUGGAGAUAUUUAUUAUAUGUGCAGCUGGAAAUGAACUGACACUUGUGAGUGAGAGUAUAUCAGAUGCUAUUUACGAAAUGGACUGGACAGAAUUGAAUGGAUCGACUAUCCAAAGUUUAAUCUUGAUAAUGACUCGCACAACCCAUCCUAUUGUCUUCAAGUGCGGGUCCAUCGUGGAAAUGUCACUUGAAUCUUUUAAAAGCCUCGUUAAAUUAUCGUACUCGACCUUCAAUCUACUCCAGCAAACAUCUGCGUAAAUAAGAAACUUAUACGGAUCAUGUUAAAUUGUUUGUUAGUAAAUGUUAGCGCCUUCAAAGAUUAUAGUUAUUAAAUAUCCCGUAGAUUCUAUUUUUUGUGCUUUAAUGUCUUCAGGUUUUCGAAUUUAUUCCAGUGCUUUU